AGAAGCUGGUAAACAGUAGUGAGUUGACGAUAUUAAGCUUUUGUCAUUUUUAAACGAAUUAUUGAAUAAAUAUUGAUUAGAUAAACACUUCUCUUGUAAUACUGAAUACAGCUCAACACCGCCUCUGAUCUUUCCGUUCAAACUAUAGCGGUCGAUGGUUUAAAUACACUAUAUAUAGAAGGGGCGUGGCUACGUGUCGAGCCAAAAUGGCUACGACUGGACGUCAGUGACACUCUCCGCACUGAUUCCCCCAACUCAGUUAGACGCUAGCUGACUAGCUAGCUCAACGGGGAACUACCACAGAGACGGAAACCUGAUGAUAGCUGAAUAUGGCCGAACUUGAGCAACACGAAGGAGAACAGGACAUAGAGAAGAAAAUAGAGGAGACGAGGCAGAGAUUCAAGAAUGAGUUCCUCCAAGAUACAACAGAUAAAUAUGACUCCAAAGAUGUGGAGAGGCUUCAGACAGAGGACGCUCUGGUGGAGGGCUACCUGCAAUGGAGAAUAUAUGUCGUGGACGACGCCUUGAAAAUGAUCGAUGAAAGUUUUCAGUGGAGAAAAGAGUAUGGUGUGAACGACCUCACUGAGAGCAGCAUUCCCAGAUGGAUGUUUGAAACCGGUGCUCUCUACCUGCAUGGCUACGACAAAGAGGGCAACAAGCUCUUCUGGUUCAAAGUAAAGCUGCACGUCAAGGAUGCAAAAACCAUCGUGGACAAGAAGAAGUACGUUGCCUUCUGGCUGGAGCGGUAUGCCAAGAAAGAACCUGGGAUGCCGCUCACUGUCGUGUUUGACAUGGCGGAGUCCGGCCUCGGUAACAUAGACAUGGAGUUUGUGAAGUACAUCAUUAAUUGCUUCAAAAUAUACUAUCCAAAGUUUUUAUCCAAAAUGAUCCUCGUGGACAUGCCUUGGAUCAUGAAUGCCGCGUGGAAGAUCGUGAAGUCGUGGUUGGGUCCCGAGGCCAUCAGCAAGCUCAAGUUUGCAUCCAGGUCUGAGAUCCAGGGAUUCAUCGACCUCAAGUACCUACCGCCUCACAUGGGUGGAACGGACCCUUUCAAGUACAGCUACCCACCUCUUCCCGACGACGACUUCCAAACGCCCAUCUCUGAAAACGGACCAAUAGUCAGCGAGGACGAGAUGGAGAGCAAAGACGGGGAAAUGGAGGGCAAGGAUGCCCUUGAGUCCAGCUUCAGCUCUGAGAUUGCAGUUAAGCCCAAAAAGGUGAACUUCUUGGAGGACAGCAUGAGGUCAGAGGACAAUGAUAAAGGAGACACGAGUGCCAGGACCAAAGGAGCCAGGAAGCCACUAACCACCUUCAAAGGCCCUCUGCUAGAUGUUAGCCCCGCAGAGGAGCUCAGCUUUGGUUGUGCAGAGACGGAGAAGAAAAGCCUGAUUAUCCUGAGCAAUGUAACCAACAAUAAGGUGGCCUUCAAGGUGCGGACCACAGCACCCGAGAAGUACAGAGUGAAGCCCAGCAACAGCUGCUGUGAACCUGGAGCUUCAGUAGAUAUAGUGGUGUCCUUACAUGGAGGUUCUCAGGCCUCUCCACAGGACCGCUUUCUGGUCAUGGCUGCCGAGAUGGACAACGCUGGAUCACAAGAACUCGCGCAGUUCUGGAAAGAUGUACCAAAAACCAAAGUCAUGGAACACAGAUUGCGCUGUCAUGUUCUGGAGAGCGUUAAAGCGUCAGUUAAUCCUCUCGGAGACGGCCCCGCGGAGACGGGGACCAGCAGGCAGCAGGACUUUAACACCACGGCACUGGAUGAUAACUUAACUUUCACAUCACUCAUGCGAGUGAUGACCUGCAACGCACGGAUGGAGCAGAAGCUGAAUACGUGUCUAUGGGUGCAGAAGGUUCUCAUUGGGUUGGUGCUGGUCCUCGUGGUGCUGAACCUGCUGUGUCUCCACCUGCUGAGUGCUUCCACGGGCCGCUGUCAUGGAGGGGAGGAGGGCUGACUUUAGGGACAUGCGAGUUGUUGUGGAGUUACGUAUAUGAAGAGAUUGUACUUGAGUCAAUGCAUCAGAGACCCUCUUAACAAUGUGACAAAUCAUGAACGUAUUUUCUAAGACCAACCAUGGAAAAAUGUAUGUGUAUUUAUUGCAAUAGACACAAUAGGAAGGAGUUAUUUUUGUGAUCAUAAUGUACAAUUUUUAUAUAUUAUAUAAAUCUACAGAAUAUAAAAUAAACAAUUUCUGUCAACUUA